ACGCGCAGCCGCACACCUUCCACUCCACCACCACGGCCACCACGCCACGCAGGUCAGGUAUCACGAGCUGCGCUGCCUGCGCGUUGGAGGUGGGGGUUGUGGGCCGCUGCCGCGAUCGUGCCCACUCCCCCGCCGCCACCUUCUUCUUUCCCGGCCGCCUCUUGGCAGCGACGAUUUGAAGCAAUCCAAUCCAGCCAGCGAGCGAGCGCCCCAAUCUGUCAGUCACCAGAUCCGCAGGAACGAAGAGCGCGGUGGCUAGCUCCGUCGUCGUGCGCUUCUUGAUUCGAUUCGAGAUGGCGUCCCAGCUGCUGUUGCUGUCGAUGCAGCUGCUCGGCUCCCCGACGUCGCUGGCGUUGCUCCUCCUCUCCUUCUUGCAAGGCUCGGUCGGCGUCGGCGCAAUCACCUUCACCUUCACCAACCGGUGCGCGGACACGGUGUGGCCGGGGGUGCUGUCGGGCUCGGGCACGCCGCCGCUGCAGACCACCGGGUUCGCGCUCUCGCCGGGGGAGUCGCGCUCGCUCUACGCGCCGUCGGGGUGGUCGGGCCGCUUCUGGGCGCGCUCCGGCUGCGACUUCGACUCCUCCGGCAAGGGCUCCUGCGCCACGGGGGACUGCGGCUCCGGCCAGGUCGAGUGCCGCGGCGCCGGCGCCUCCCCGCCCGCCACGCUCGCCGAGUUCACCCUCGACGGCGCCGGCGGCAAGGACUUCUACGAUGUCAGCCUCGUCGACGGCUACAACCUGCCCAUGCUCGUCCAGGCGGCCGUUCCCGACUGCCCCGACACCGGCUGCCUCGUCGACCUCAACGAGCGCUGCCCCUCCGAGCUCCGCGCCGAGGACGGCCGCGCAUGCCGCAGCGCCUGCGAGGCCUUCGGCCGGCCGGAGUACUGCUGCAACGGCGCCUACGGCAACCCGGACACCUGCCACCCCUCCCAGUACUCGCAGCUCUUCAAGUCGGCGUGCCCCAAAUCCUACAGCUACGCCUACGACGAUGCCACCUCCACCUUCACCUGCAACCACACCGAUUACACCAUCACCUUCUGCCCGCAAUCCACUCCAUCCAGCGGGAAUUCAAAAAACGGAUCGCGGAGACCGAGCCACGAGCAGCUCGAAGACGCCGUGUGGCUGGCGAGUUUGAAGGCCAGCAGUGGCACCGGGACUGUGAUGGCGGCUUCAUGGCCGGUGUCCAUAGCUUUCCAAGCUGCCUUGACAAUUGCAGUGGUGAUCAUGCUUGAUCUGCAGCAGCAUCCUGUAUUAGUAAGUUAGCAAGUGAGAAGGAAUCUUGAUCAGUAGGAGUGAUCCAAAAUUGUUUUUGAGAUCAAAAGGGGAGACGUGGAGAGCACAUUCUUUAGGCCUUUUUGUUUGUGGAUAGAGAAUGCAGGCGUCCUCGACCUCAGGUUGGCAGCUGUAGUUGCUGCUCAGCCAGUGUUUGCUUUGCCUAAUUGCCUUUCAGAAACCUUGCUAUCCGAGUUUACAUUCUUUGCUGUGCUUAAUUUUUGGGGGUCCUCAUCAAUGUGGACUCCAGAUGCACUGCUUUGAAUUUCAAUGAGAAGAGCAUAUGAUCUGAUA